AUGGCUAACCUUAGAGAUCUUAAACUAGAGGUAAGACAGAUGAGAGGCCAGCAGUCAGAGGUUCCUACUGAGGAUGUUUAUCGGCCUGCUUCUCCAAAUCCAUCGAUGAGAACUGAUGAUGAGGAUGACUAUUCUGAUGGGGAUGAAGAUGAGGAGACUGCAGAGGAUAGAAUUCAGCCUGGUCCGAUUAAUGCUUUGGUUGUUGUGUGGUGUCCUUCUCCAACGGGUAUUGUUAAGUGUAAUUUUGAUACUUCUUUUUGUCGGCGGUCUUUGCGAGGGGGUGGAGGAGCUGUUUUUUGGGAUUUUCUGGGUGAAGUUCUUCAUGCGGUUAUUUUUUGUCCAUUUCAUGCUACUUCACCUUUGGAGGCGGAAGCGUUGGUGUGUCAGCGUGCUAUUCUUUGUGCUUUCCAAUUAGGCUUUUCUUGUUUAUGGUUUGAGUCGGAUGCCAAAGUUGUGGCGGAUGGAGUGCUAAAUAGAGUGCAGUGUCCGUUAGAAAUUGCUUCUUUAUGUUAUGAUAUCCAACGAGACUUGCGGAGGUUUUCAUCAGCUAGUUUGACUCAUGUUCAUCGCAACAAUAAUAUGGUGGCUCAUGCUUUGGCUGCUCUUUCGAGGCCUGGGCUUAUGUUAGAUCAGAUGUUGACGUCUUUACCUCCUUCUGUCAUCCCCUUUGCCCUGGCGGAUGUUAGGUCUUAG